AUGAUUGAUUUACACUCAGAUUCUAAACAAACACUUUAGUAGCAAGACAUAGAAGUUUAUCAAUUGAUUGAGAAAGAAAAGGAUUUACAAUAAAAUAGCAUAAAUUUAAUUCCUAGUGAAAAUUAUACAUCUAGAGCUGUAGCUGAAGCAUUAUCUUGUGUAUUUAGCUCCAGAUAUGCUCCAGGUAAUAUCUAAAUUUAUUUUAUAAAGGACCUCAAGGUAGUAAAUAUGCCCCAUAGGUUGAAAAUUAUGAUGAGAUGGAGAAACUUUGUUAAGAUAGAGCAUUAGCAGCAUUUUAAUUGGACUCUCAAUAAUGGGGUGUCAAUGCAUAAAUGGGGAGUGGAUCAUCAGCAAACUUAGCCAUAUUUUUAGGUUUGUUGGAACCAAAAGAUAGAAUAAUGAGUAUGGAAUUUUAAUAAGGUGGACAUUUUUCUCAUGGAUAUUAGAUAGGAGAAAAGAAGUUAUCAGCUAUAAGCAAAAUAUUUGAAGUCCUAUUUUAUUAACUUAAUGAAGUAAGACACAUGAUAUAAUUUAUAUAGAAAACUCAAGAAAUUGAUUAUGAUAAAGUUGAAUUAUUAGCUAAGGCAUAUAAACCAAAGUUAAUUGUUGCUGGUUGUUCAGCCUAUAGUAAAUUAAUAAACUUUGGAAGAUUCAGAAAUAUUUGUGAUUAAGUUGGAGCCAUUUUAUUGGCUGAUAUAGCACAUACAAGUGGUUUAAUGUCAGCAGGAGUUAUUCCUUCUCCAUUUCCUUAUGCAGAUAUUGUAAUGACUACUACUCAUAAAUCGUAUAAUUCAAUUUUUAAUCUAGCUUACGAGGACCAAGAGGCAGUUUAAUUUAUUAUAAAUUAUAAUAUAAAAAUAGAAUAGAUGAAUCUGUUGCCCCAGGAUUAGUAGCUGGAGCACAUUUUCAUACAAUUACUGCUAUUACUGUCGCAUUAAAAGAGGCUCUAUCUCCAUCAUAUAAAUAACUAUAGAAAGACGUUGUAGAAAACAAUAAACAUUUCGCAGCGGAGUUCUAAAGAUUAGGAUUUGAUUUGAUUGCAGGGGGAACUGAAAAUCAUUUAAUUUUGUUAGACUUAAGAAAGUUUAAUGUUGAUGCUAUUAAAAUGGAAUAUAUCCUAAGUUAAAUAAAUAUAUAAUGCAAUAAACAAUUCGUUCCAUUUGAUACAGUUACUCAACCAAGAGCAUUAAGAAUUGGGUACUUAUAAUUAUAAAAUUAUAGAUCAAUUCCAUUAUCUGUUAGAUAGGCAUCUAAAGAGCAUUUCACAAGGAUUGCUUAAAUCAUAAAAGAAUCUGUUGAGUUGGUUUAAACUGUUACUGUUGACAUAAAAUUAUGGGCUUCUGAAAAUUAAGAUAAAUUAAUACCUCUAAAAUAAAAAGUUGUUGAGUUGGCAAAUGAAUUACCAAUUCCUUGGAUGUGA